AUGUUUACCUCACCAGAGUCCAUCCUCACUGUGUCUCCAUCAUGGCUGAAUCUCGGAGCCUCAGUGACUCUGAGCUGUGAGGUUAAACCUUCAUCUGCAGGAUGGAGGUUCCACUGGUAUCAAGCUGUUCCUGAUUUAUCAAAGAACAUCUACAGAUAUGAUCCACUGCCUGGUAACAUCAGUGGGACUGUAAAUAACUCCAUCAUCAUUCAUGGACAGAAACACCCAGCAGGUUUUGCAUGUAGAGCUGGAAGAGGAAACCCAGAAUAUUUUACAUUUUAUAGUCAAACAAAGUUCAUCUGGUCUGCAGAUCCUCAUCCAGCAGCUUCUCUCUCAGUGAGUCCUGACAGAGAGCAACACUUCACCUCUGAGUCUGUGACUCUGAACUGUGGAGGAAACUCUGCUGAGUGGAGAGUGUGGGAGGUCAUAGAAUCAGGUUAUCUGUUAUACAUCAACAACUGCUCCACCUGGCGGUCAACGACUGGAUCUUCAUGUACCUUCAGUAGUCACUGGUCCCAUAAAUCAGUUUUCUGUUGUGAGUCUGGAUCAGGAGAGUUCAGCAAUGCAGUCAACAUCACUUUUCAACACUGGUUUACAGAUGAAGAUCUUCUCCUGGUGAGCCCCGUCCAUCCUGUGACUGAAGGAGCUUCUGUUACUCUGAGCUGCAGACUGAGAGGAGAAAACCAACUUUCUAAUGUGACUUUCUAUCACAAUGACAAACUGAUCCAAAAUGACAGCAGAGGAGAGCUGAAUAUCUCUGCAGUGUCUCAGUCAGAUGAAGGUUUCUACAAGUGUGAACAUUCAGGAAAAGUUUCACCUCAGAGCUGGAUGGCAGUUAAAGCAGCUAAACCUGCAUUAAAACCUGGAAGCUCUUCAUUUCCUGUGAUGUUGGUCGUUGGACCAGUGAUUGGAGUCGUUCUCUUAAUUCUCCUGUUGCUGCUGUGUCGGUUCAGACAGACCAAAGGUUCUGGAAGAGUGGAGACUGUCUACCAGGAUGAUCAGCAGCAGCCAUUGUACUCCUCUCUCCUGCAUGGAGAUCUUGGUGUCUACGAAACAAUCAGACAGCCUGGAAACUACGUAAAUGUUUCAGGUCAAGAACAACCGGAUUAUGCUAAUGUCAGCGCCAGGUCAGAUUCAGCCUGAAGAUUUUGUUAAGAGGAAUGAAUCAGCAAAAUCUGGAAAUGAUCAGUGUGAACAAUACAGUGAGGAAAAUAAGUAUUUGAACACUUUACGACUUUGCAAAUUCUCCCACUGAGAAAUCAUGGAGGGUCAGAAAUUUUCAUCUUAGGUGCAUGUCCACUGAGAGAGACAUAAUCUAAAAUAAAAAAUUUUAAAUCACAAUGUGUGAUGUAUGUUUGUGUGACUAAUAAGUAUUUGAACACCUGGCAAUGAACAGAAAUUCUUCCAACAUAACAAUGAAUCAAAUUGUUUUAAAGUUCUGUUUUGGGGAUUCGAAGUUUCUUCAGAAACUGAAGAAACAUCAAAUUUCUCUUUAAAAUGUUCUCUUUGGUUUUUCACUCAGUGUUUUUAGACCUGAAUAUCUGAGUUAGUGUGUUGUUAUAGAGAGGAGCCUAUUUAACUUACAUACAUGCUUUAUCAAAACAUCAAACAACUUUUUAUCUUUUUCUUUUUCAACUUCUAUCUUUUUUUAUCACACUUAACAUAAAUAAAUGUGUAACUGGAAAAUGAGCCUCUAAACCUUCUAGACUGUAAAACCACAAGAAUCAAAUAAAAAUAUGUUGAAUAAAUGCAGCCUUUGUAUUUUUAGCAUCUUUCUAAUUACACAGUUUGCAUGUUAACAUUACCUGUGAUCAGGCAGAGAAAAACUACAUAUUUCAUAAGACAACUUCAUUAUUUUGACAGUUUUAGAAAUUCAUUAAGAUUAGAUAAAGUCCUAAAAGGGUCUCAGUAGAAAUAAGUUUCCUAGAAUGGAAACAUUUCAGUGUUUUGUUACCUGAGCCACACAUGGUGAACCCUUCUGCCUUGUGUUCUUGACCCUCUUCAUGUUUAUUAUCAAAUGAAUUUUACUAUUUAAAUGAAAAAUGAUUGGGUGCAAUCCUGCUCCUUUAAUGGAGCAAGAAAAAAAUGAGACAAUUGCAGCACUUACUGGACUUCAUUAAAUACAUUUGAGCUUUCCAUACACAUGAACCUCUAUCCUUUAAGUUCCUACUAAAACAAUAAAUGGGUGCAAUUUUUCUAGCAACAAUAACUACUGUAAGGUCUUUUAUUUUCUUUUUUUUUUGGAAAACACUGACAGCAUGCAUUUUUCUUUCAGGAAAUAAAGUUUAACAAGAUAAGAAUAGAUUCAAAGUAUGUUUCCAUGGUAAAACUUGCACUGUUGUAAUUCAUUUAGUUUUAUAAGCUGUCCUGUCUCAUAAAAACUCAUAAGAUUAUUGAAAUGUUGCAAACAGUUUGCCGCUGUGUGGCAGGGCUAAAACAAACCGCAUCCAAGGUUUUCUUGUGAUCAAGUUCAUUUUUAUGAGAGUUUAUACAGUUUGUGCUUAAUACCAACGUAUGAAAAUAAAUAUGUCGCUGCGCUGUAGAUAAUUUUGUCUCUUCGUUUUAGACGGGGAACUGAGAUGGGACAGGAAAAAAAAGGUGUGAAUUUCAUCAGAGUUUUCAGAAGUCCACUGUGAGUCGGGUUCUAUUGUUUCUCAGGGAAAGUACACAGAAAACAACAAGACUCACUUUUAUUGGAAGCAGGUUAGAAUCUUGCCACUAAACAUGACGACUGUCAUGUUGAUAGAACUGUUUUGUCAGAAAACAUGUUCUCUGUCCAGUUGAAACAUGUGUGUAUAUCACUG